GGUAGAAUUAUCUCAAAAUUUUAAUAAUAAUAAAAAAAUAAAGAUUGACCUAGAAAGGCUUUUCCAUUUAUUCCAAUAAUUUUUCGGUUAGUUCUAUUAUGAUCCGGUAUUUGGGUUAGUCACCGGUUUUUAGAACAUGAGCGACAAGGAAGAACCAACCAAGCUAAACGACGAACAAAUCGGCGAACUACGUGAAAUCUUCCGUUCAUUUGAUCGGAACAACGACGGUAGUUUGACUCAACUCGAACUCGGUUCACUCUUACGAUCUUUGGGUCUAAACCCGAGUUCCGAUCAAGUUGAAGCGUUAAUACACAAAGCCGAUACGAACAAUAAUGGGUUAGUUGAAUUCUCGGAGUUUGUUUCACUGAUGGCGCCGGAACUGUUAUCGGAGAAAUCGCCUUACAGUGAAGAACAAUUGAAACAAUUGUUUAAGAUGUUCGAUAGGGAUGGUAAUGGAUAUAUCACCGCAGCUGAGUUGGCUCAUUCGAUGGCGAAGUUGGGACAUGCGUUGACGGCGGAGGAAUUGACGGGGAUGAUUAAGGAAGCCGAUACCGAUGGGGAUGGGAUGAUUAGCUUUGAAGAAUUCUCGAAUGCGAUUACUUCAGCUGCUUUUGAUAAUUCUUGGGGUUGAUGGUGAAAAAAUAUAGAGAAUUAUUUUUGUUAUGUUCGGCUUCGUUUUAUGUUUUUUUUUUUUUGUUAUAUUGUGUAGUUUAAUAAUGGAGAAUUUUUAAUUUUAUUUUUGGUGUUUAUUAUAGUGUUUUUUCAGAUAAUAGAUGAACUUUUAUGCAUGAUAAUCAUAGAUCUUGCAUAGUAGUAUCUGUUUGUUGGAUUAAGAUCUCCGGUGGCAUCUCCUGUUAUACGAUUUACGGUGUGUACCUUUUUAGUGUUGUAUAAAUAUUCUGUUUCUCUCACAUUUUGCAAUCUUUAAAAGCCAAUAGCCGUCGCCAGUGGCCUUAUGGCCGGUCGUCAGCCCUCCUCUCCUUUCUCCUAUCUCCCUCCCUUCCCUUUUCCCUUUACUCUCUCCUUCUCCCAUCUUCCUCUCAGUCCUCUUCCUUUCCUUUUCCUCUUUUUCGACAAAAUAACCUGGUCUCUCCCUCUUCCACUAGGCUUUCAGCCUCCAGAAAGGUGGAGGAGAGACCCUCAACUUCCCUGUGGUCUUUCCAUGGCUCUCUUCCAAGAGCUUGUCUCCUUUUAUCUAGUCGGGAGCUUUCUCGAUGUCAUUUUUGUUUGUUUUGGCAGGAAGACUAUGCGGGGUUGAGCACCAUUAACCUUUAGUCUUGAAGGCUUGUGCAUGGUGAUGUCGAUUGAGCUGCUCUGGAUCUCUGUGUUUCGAAUGCUGAUGUCCUCUCAAAGGCUUAGGAUUUACAAUAGUCGGUGGCACCAACGUGCUCUACGGUGUCAAUGGCGAUCCUCGUUAGUAGACUUGUAAGUUGAGAGUACGACAGCUUCACAGAGAUUGUGGUCCCCGUUUGCAUCUUACGGUGACAGAUUGGAAGUGGUGAGAAUAGGGUUGUCUCCUCUCGUGUUGGGUUCGGUCAUUUCAACUCUUGUAUUUUAUGUUUUAUUUUCUAGACUUUUGGAUCCUUGUACUCUUUGGAUGUCGAUAUUAAUAUCCUUUAUUAUUAUUUUUUGUGAUUUACCGA